ACUUGAUGAUACCCUACACUUCUGUAUGAUUCUUGAGGAAUUGUCUUGUCUUUAAUACUCCGAAUUGGACGAUGCACUAAGGAACUUUGCGAGUGGCGUGUAGCGCAUCCUGAUUGUCUGUCAAUGUUGCUAAAUGACUAAACAUGCAGAUGGCACGGUUGGUUUUUGGAGGUCUUGCUGCCACAUGUGGAACAUGCGUGCGUUGCUAGGCGAAGCGUCCUGUCAUCGAUUAAACAAUCUCGAAAUUUGCAUUUGAUAACGCCAGGCCAGACGCAGGAAAAAAGGACGCGAGGCGAAUGCGUGCCUGGGAGACACAAUAAUUAAAAAAGCGAUUUACGAAGGGGCAGGCGAUUGGUUCCGUGCUGGAACGGGAGUGAGAGGGAAAGAGGGGAGCAAGGUGGCCGCGUUCGCGCGACGGGGCAACUCCGAAAAUGAGCACGACACCAAAAUGGUACUGCCGCAACAAAUCGCAGCCGAUGCACACGUUCGCGGAAAUUGGGAACCUUGGCCUGGAGCUUCGACGCAUUACCAAGCGGAUUGUGAUCGAUGUCAACUCGGCCAUCUUCAGUGAGCAUGAUACCAUUCUGGAGGAGUGCGAGCAGGUGGUGGAACUUUACUGGAGCCUCAAGGAUGAAACCAAGAAUGCGGACUUUCAGUCGCUGUCGAAAAAGAUCAAACGGAGUCCCUACAAUGCUCUCCUCAUGCGCAAGUUCAAUUUGAUCAUGGAGCUCAACGAUAGGCGCUUCUGCCAGCUGACUUUUGUGCUCAAACGAACAUUGAGUCUGCUACUGCGCAAGUCGAUGCAGUCCGAGAUGUGGCUCAACUGGGCUCUCCACAUCACCCAGCUAUACAAUCGCUGCCGAAGCUUGAACUCUAUUCAGGGUCAAGAGCAGGCAAAGAAUCCUUUGCAGCCGGAGCAGGAGGUACAGCCUGAGGGAGAAGAGAAGGAGCCGAAGCUGAGCGGAAAGUGCAAGGAGGAGAUGCAUGCCAAUGUGUGCAGCAACAUGUAUCCAGCUCUGCUCAUGUCCCUCAAAAACAUUGACUUUGGCUUUGUGCUUCAGUACGUGGCUCAGACGCGCGUGGAACAGAAUGCGCUUGAUCUGGUCUUUGGCUUAUUCAACAUGGGUGAGCAGGAUGCCUGGCGAGAGCAUCAACAGCAGCAACAGAACAAUGAGUCCACCUCUUCUAGCCUCGAGAUCCUACGCACUUUAAACAUUUCCUUUGCCGCUGGAGAUUAUCAACCCUACGCUGACUCGACCCAGGAUUACAAUGCUCUGCAACUGCCGAGCACAAGUGGAGCAGGAGUAUCUGCGGGAGCAGAGUCCAGAGUUGAGGGUCAAGACCACCAGAGUCUGCGCUGUAAGCACACUGAGAGCUUUCUCCAGAAAGAGCGCAUCUUCAUUGCGCAGCUUAUAGCCAAGGCCACGGAAAUAUGUCCAACCAUAUUCGAUACUCGCAAGGCAGGUGAGGUGGACAUGAAUGCCUACAUUGUACGCGGAUUGCGUUUGCUGUGGUCCUAUGUGGGAAUCAUACUAGACCACAUACUUCUCUGGUGGAUUGACACGCCUAUGUCCUGCUACAAUCUCACCCACAUCGACUCUAUACGCUGUUGGCUUUAUCAUCAGAAUGUUAAUGAUAUUCCCGAGCCUGUAUUUUCCACGCUGCGAGGCAUUGGCGAAAUCCUUACUGGAUUCAUGUGCAAUAACAUUUGGGAUCAGCUCUUUCGCCUGACCCUCAUAUCGUCCAGUAAUCCCAGUCGUCUUGUUCAGCAGGUUGUCGAGCAGUAUCGCGAUGCACCGAACAAUGAACAUGGCACUCCCACAGGCACUGUAUGGAUCAGUGUGUUCUCGAACCUGGUUAACCUGAGUAAUCAGUACUUCUCCAACACCGAUGCGCACAACAACUCCAGCUUGUUGCCGGUGGCCGAACAGAUUCCCAUUCUCCAUAGACUGGAUCAUUCGGUGCACUCGAUGAGAUUGUGGGUCACCGAGCAAGCAAAGCUGCUAUGCUGCGAGUGGAAGAUGGAUCGUUUCUUUCAGAUACUGGAACACGAUGUCAAGCUCUGCCUGAGUGUCUUCAAUACCUUCAAACUGCCCAAACUCACUGCCGAUUUGAGCGACAUCCUGAUGCUUGUGUGCGUUGCGCUGCGCACCAAGCUGAUCACCGAGUCCACCAACAACAUCGAUCUGCUCAAGAAAACUACCGACGAAUGUGUUCAGAUAUUAUCGGCGGUCUGCCGCAUCCUCAGCCUGGCCAAUUUUACGCUCUGCUUCCCAGCUGCCAGCCACUGGCAACGAAGUGUCUACAACGACGAGGAGAAGAGCUUGUAUGUGGGCUAUGUGCUGGACGAAAUCUUUCUGCCCAGCAUACGUGCCACCAAGGACAUUGUCAUACUCAAGCUCAUACUGAAGCUCAUCUGCGAGGCGUGGCUGGAUUUUAUUUACCAAAAGCGCAUUCGCUUCAGUGUCAAUGGUGCACUGCGUCUGCUCAACGACUUUGACGAUGUGCGGGAAUGGAUACUUGCCUGCACGCUGCUCGACGAGCAGCAAUUGGAGAAGCUGAGCAAUCACGAAGUGCUGAGAAUGUGCAAAGGUGUUGGCAAGAUUCUGCUGCGGAAGCCGGAGGACAUCAUCUCCAUCACACAGUCGCCGAAGUUCGACAAGAAGUCAGAGGAUGCGAAUGCCCAGGACACGCAGCUGCCAUCGGAAAUGUUUGUCUCCAACCAGAAGCACUGGCUCCAGCUGCGUGCCAACGGCGGCAAUGGAUUCCCACUGCUCAAGCUAUGUUGCGGCGACAGCAUGAUGUGAGGCAGAGAAGAGAACAGCCCGUAAAGAAUAGUUGUAUGUUUAUUGUGUAGCGAAAAUGCUUUACAAAAAUGAAAGAUCUACAUGGUGUAUGCCUAUGAUUGUUAUCCUCUUAAAUAUCUACAUGUUUCCCUCGCACACUCGCUGCGCCUCUCUUAGGCGGGCACCUUGCGGGAGAUGAUCUUUAUCAGCUCGUCGACGCGCUCGCUCUUGCCAGUGAAUUGUUUUGGAUGCGGUCCAAUCAUUUGAAUAAUCAUCUGCACGUCUGGCGAGACCUGAGACAACAAACGAAACGAAAAUAUGUGUUAAAUGACAUGCGAUGACAGCUGUCAAUGCGACGUCAAAUCGAAUAUGGGUCAAUACCUCGAGGAAUCGGGCCAGUGCCUUCAGUGUGCGGAAGAUCUGUUCCUCAUUGGGACUGCUCUGGAAAAACUGCAGUAUGGCCAUAGCCAGCUCCACGGCAACAUCAUCGAACACCUGUGAGCAAGAGUGUUAGCUAAGAGAAGUUGCUGCUUGGUGGAUGCAUCUUUGACCUACCACAGUCUUGACUUCCUUGAUCGCAAUGUUGUAGAGGAUCAUCGAACCAAUGUUCUUCAGCUGCGGGCAAUUCGAGAGGAUGCAGUGCACAGCCACCUUGGUUGUGACGCGUAUGUUCGAGAUGGUCUGACCAUUGUAUUCCCACUCCGAAAUGUACAGCAGCCACUCCGAGGGUCCCACAUUUUCGAAGAGAUUGCAGGUCUGUCGGAAAGGUGAGUUUUCUCAACGCUUAUUUAGAAGUGAAGUGUGUAAGCGGACUUACGAACAUGGCCCAGGCCUGCUGCUCCUCGGGUGUCUGCUUGUCAAUGUCCUGUGCAUAGUUCAUCAGCGUGUGAUCCCUGCGGUCCUGAUGCAGAAUAAUGAUCACAUCGUCCUUAAGAGCGGCGUAGGCCAAUGUGCGAAUCAUGUGAAUACGUGUGUCCGGUGAGAAGGCUUGCACAUC